AUGGCUUCUCAGCUAGUGGCACUCCCGGCCGUGGAGAGACUCAGUCCGAGGUGCAUUCGAAUACUGGGUGGAAAUCCCGGCAAGUUCACACUUCAGGGAACGAAUACGUAUCUACUCGGUACAGGAAAACAAAGAAUCCUCAUCGACACAGGAGAAGGUCGCCCUAUAUGGGUCUCCUCGCUGAGAGAGGUACUCGAGAAAGAGAAGGCAACUAUUGGAAGUGCACUUAUAUCUCACUGGCAUCCUGAUCAUGUCGGUGGUAUCCGUGAUCUCGUCGGGGUUUCCCCCGGGACUGUGGUCUACAAGAACAAACCAGACCUGGGUCAGUCGGAGAUCAUAGAUGGCCAGGUGUUCCGCGUUGAAGGCGCUACGUUGACCGCGUCUUAUACGCCUGGCCACUCGGUCGAUCACAUGGUCUUCCAACUCGCCGAGGAAGAUGCCUUAUUCACUGCGGAUAAUGUGCUUGGACAGGGCACUGCUAUCUUCGAGGACCUGACAACGUACCUCGCGAGUCUCAGCAAGAUGCGGACUCUCUUCAAGGGGCGGGCUUAUCCAGGCCAUGGUCCAGUGGUCGACGAUGGGCCUGGGAAAAUUACCGAAUACAUUGAACACAGACAACAACGCGAGGAGCAAAUCGUCAGCACACUUCGGUCCGCCGAGAACGGGAAGGUGGUGAAUUUGGGGGCUCUCGAUAUAGUCAAGAAGAUUUACACAGAUAUCCCGGAGACAUUGCAUAUGGCCGCUCGCUCGGGGGUGAUGCAGGUGCUCGAGAAGCUCGAGAAAGAGGGAAAGGUAGUGCGGAACGGCGACGACUCAUGGCGUCUGGGACGGUCGCCGAGCCUCUAA